AUGGAAAAUCUGAAGAAGGAUACGGACAUCAGUUCUGAUGACAUCAUCCGCACCUUCAUCUCUCGCCGGGUGCUUCCCCUCCAGCGCCGGGCGCAUAAGAUAAGUGAGAUGUAUGGCCCUCGUGAUCCCACAAAGAUCACCGGCAUCCCUCUAAGCCAGGAGGAUAUAGUGCUUAAGGCCGAGGAGCGCUUCCCUCGCAUCGCUGCGGAGAAGCGGGGCCCUAAACAGAAGCGGGAUCUUGACGAGGUCGACCCCGACCCUUACAUCCAUUGGACUGACCUCAAUAUGGGCCGCACGCACACCCUGCGCCCCGAUGCUCCUUCAGCUAGCACGCAACCACAGGUUCAUGAGCACGUGGCUCCUCUGCAGGCCGAAGUUGGCCGCGAGUACAUGGAGAAGCUCGCCUCUCAGGGCAAGAAGCACAAGGCUCCGUCAACUGAAGCCGGUUCAAGCCAAGGCCCUCCUGCCAAACGCUCCCGGACCGAGGUUGUCAGAGGGAAAGCAGUGAGCAAGAAGCACCACCAAGGCAAACAGAUGCCGGUUGCUUCCGGCCCUGCGCUCAAGCUCUCCAAGAGCGCCGGCGGCCCGAGGCCUGAGAGCUCUGAGGGAACCGCUGCACCCGACGCCUGCUCGCCGCGCAGGACUUCGUCCGCGCCUCCACCAGAAGCUCCCGCCGUCGAGCCAUCCGGGGCCACACCGAUGCCACCGCCAAACCAAGGACCCGCGCCAUCUCCGAGCCAAGGGCCCGCUGCGGCCAAGCCGACUCCGCCGCUAGAAGGCACCAAGAUCCUUCAGCCGGAACCUUCCAAGGGGAAGGCCACGGCUUCCGGCAUCGCUACACCUGGCUCGCAGCAGCUGGCGCUGCACGCCGGCCGCGCUGCUGUUGCAGCCGGAGAGACGGCCACUGGCCUGCUGGGCCAGAUUACAGAACUGAAGCGCGGAGGCCACGAGCUGGGCCAUCUGCUCGAGUACGCUGAAAAGUGGAAUCGAGCGGAUGUGUCCGUGGCUACGCGCGGCUUGGGGAAGGACCGGCUCCCGGUGGUAGACCCUGCUGGCCCUCGGUGCACUGAGCAGCACUUCAUCCGGCUGCGGCGCGCGAGCACGGCGGACGCCCGGAAGCGCCUCUUUGAGGAACUUCUGUGGGAGCACCGGGACCUUUCCGAGGCCCACAGCCGCUGCCAAGCUAUCUCGGAAGCCUCCAUUGAGGCCCUCAAGGCCCAGCUCAGCACGCUUCAAGGUGAAAAGGAGCAGCUUAUCCAGGAGCAUCGCAAGGCUCUGGACGCCCAGGAGCUCCUUUCCAGGGGCUGA